AUGAGCAAUUUUGUCGGCAAUCAGGCAGUGGGAGGUGUGAUGGUUAUGGAAAUGUCAUCUCUGGGGCUACUUCAUAGUUGGAGCAGCUCAGGAUUUUUGGAUGAAGUGCCUCCGUCAUUGCACCAGGUUUCUACCGAUGUCUCCCGGUACUUGAAUGUGCCAUCAUCGAAUUGUGGUUCCAAUCUCACAAAAGGGCUGAAUAAUCUGUCAGAUUCGAACAAAUUGGUACAUUCUUCUGCGAAUUUAGGAAGUAAUUCAGUAAAAGGUGGAGUUGUAGAACAUAAACUCAACGCUAAUAUAAGUAACUGUAGCUAUUUGUUGAAGAGGAAAAAGGGUAGUGAAGACUCGAAUAAUGUAAGCAAACACCAAAAAUUCACUAUAUUUUUCUUGAGUGACAUUGUUAAUAAUGAUGAGGAUAAAUAG